CAUUGAGACAAAACGGAUACAUUAGGUUUAUCAUGAGAAAUUUACAUAAUGUGCACCCUAUUUGGAUUUAUAUGGUUAAAGUUUGAAAAUAAUUUGUUGUGAGACAACUUGUUUGUAUAAUCUUGCUUCGGUGGCAGAAUUUUAAACUCAGCAUGACUAAAAUACGGGCGUCAAAGCUACGUAAUAAACCAGAGCCUGAACUACAGAAGCAACUUGGAGAGCUUAAGACGGAACUUGGCAAUCUUCGUUUGUAUCGGGUAACGAGAGGCGCAUCCUAUCAUGGAAAAUUGAAGAAAAUCCGGACACUAAGAAAGUCCAUUGCCCGUGUAUAUACAGUUAUUCAUCAGGCGCAAAAACUUCGCCAACGUGAAGCUUAUCGUUCCAAGAAAUACGUUCCCAAAGAUUUGAGACCAAAGAAGACCAGAGCAAUACGCAGAAGACUUAGUAAGAAAGAGCAGUCAGUUCAUUCUGCGCGUUCAAUGCGCAAGGCACGUGCCUUCCCUCCACGUGUAUUUGCUGUUAAGUGCUAAGUAAUAAAAGUUUUGGUCAAAAUCGGAUCAUGAAAGUGCUGUUUGAUUUUACUUAAGUUCCUUAUAUCCUGGACGCUAGAUUCGUUAACAUAAACGCUGUUGUAGUUUGCUGUGUCGGCUGCAUAUAAACUUGUACUGACUUGUUAUAUCUAUGCUCAUAAGUACCAUCCCUUAUAUACAUAUAUAUAUAUAUAUAUAUAUAUAUAUAUAUAUAUAUAUAUAUAUAUAUAUAUAUACGCAUACUGUAUGUCUACUUUAAAGUCUGGUUGAAUACGAAUUACAAACUGCUACUUAUUAAAUAUAUCAGCGAAAUCUGACCAAUCAUCAGUGAUGUGAUUUGUGCCGACUGUUAUGAUUGUAGUGUCAGUAUUAUAUAGUUACUGGUGGUUGUUCGCAAUACUUUCAAGGAUAACGAUUUAAUUCAUGUUAUACCUUGAUUGAUAACUUAUAGUCACUGAACACGCGGCCUGUAUUGCUUGUUUUCAUUUUGAAUAUCUGGUCACAACUAUUGCGGUCUCAUAAUGUUCAUAUUCGUCUGGCUUAUUCAGCAGCUCAACUAUCCAUUCACGAGUGGAAUGAACGUAAAAGCUUUUGGCUAUAACAACUUUAAAAUGUAAGUGGUUAAAUUAGGCUGAUUUGACAGUUUUUUGCUACUAUGAAUCUUGUUCUAGCAACUAGACAACGAAACGUUUACGCCUAGUAAUUCUAAGUAUCGGAGGCUGACUACUUUUCAUACGAAGUAUCUGAGCUGUUUGUUCCUGCCUUUAGACUUGUUCGGAUUAAUAAUGAUUAACAUCCUUUAUUAUUCUACUAGAAUCUCAACGUUUUUUACUGACCUAGAGAUAUUUUCCAUACGGAAAAAAUGGCUGUCCAUCUGUCAUUAAUCGUACUUUACAAACACGAAUUUUCUCUAUUUAUCAACUUGAGAUCUGGUGUUAUCAUUCGCCUGACCACACUAAAACUCUGUAAACAUGUUGCAUGUAACUUUAAUCUUGUUUUUGUUCAGUUUGCGUAUUAAGUACUAUGUACAUAUGAUAUCUAUUACUAGAUUAACAUUGCUUGUGCUUUGAUGAUAUGUGCUGAGACCCCAGUUUGUUGUCAGUUGUAACAGGUUUCAUGUCAGACUAGCUAUAGUAGUAGUAGUAGUGUUUUUGGUAUGAAAUGUACUAAUAAGAUUUUUUCUGGUCGUUGGGUAGGCGAAUGAAUGUAUUCGGACAGUUCUGGUACUGUAUCUUACGUCCCCUCGCUGCCUUAUGAAGUGGAUCUCAAAACAUUGUUUACAUUCUCUAUUGCAAUGCAUGUCUGUGAACAGCUUGUUUUCAUCUGACAUGCACAUUUUCGAUUGCUAUCAACGCACACUUAAUUGUUAAAAUUGGUUUCGUCCGGAAGAUAAUAUAUCUCUUAAAGGUUGGUUUAUGUUAGCUAUCAAUAGCCUAUCCUUGUACCAGAUGUGUUAUCUAGAUAUGCUUUGUAUUGAAGAGCAUCAUACAACUAUACUGCGUGUAGUGUAGGUUACUUGAAGUUUUUAAGACGUGUACGACGUGUAAAUUUGUGUUAACUAUAAACCAUACUUCUGUGUCAGGUAGUAAUAAUAUUCAUUUGACUAAACUGAAGUUCGCGCAUCGGGGAAUGUUCAUGAAGCCUUCUAAAUGACUGAACUAAAGUGGUCGGUGUGUUUCGGACUUGGAAGCAGUCUUUGGACCUGGUAACCCUUGAAAACUAUACCAAUUUAUUCACACUACUAGCUGCGGGCUUGGCGGUUGUUAAACAAUCUGCAGGACGCUAGUCGGCGUUUCCAAAGAAAACCCCGAACUCCAGACCGCACCUUGGUUUUCAGAAUUGUAAAAAAAUUAGAAUACUGAGAAAUCAAAGGUCACUCGGUGUAAACGACAUGUACCAAACUUUUUCCAACGAUCGAUGCAAAUUUCCUUACAGUUUUAUAACAGACAUUCGUAGAUAUUUUGUUAUAUCUCUCUUUUCUUACGGUUAUGACCCAGCUAUUCCUAUUGCUUAGUAUUCUCGGACACCGAUUCACUCGACAAGUCCCCAAAUCAAAACACGGUUGAACAAGAAGAGAUUAUAUUCCAAAUAACAAGGUUAGAUGGAAGUAAGAAGCGAGUCAGGAGCACAAUAGGGAAAACGUCAGUAUAUUUAUAGUUUUUACAUAAGAUUUCAGAGUAUUCUCGGACUAGUGCUGAUUGGAUAAGAAUUAGCCAAUCAGCAUGCACCAAAGCAAUCAUGCAUGGAGCAUGCUUUAAUCUAGUCUAUGUCCCGCUAACAUAUUUUGUGAUCGUCAAUGCAGAAGACAUUAUCUUUUCAUCGUUUAUUAUUCACAUGAACGGUCCGGACAGUAAAUGUUUGAACGUGUUCUUAUGAGAUAUCCCAUCUAUUAUUAGAGUUUGCAGCUGAGUCAUUCUAUUCGACGAAGAAGCUGACAAAAUACUGGGUCAUUUGGGCCCUUAGAAUGGUCGUACAAGGUUUUAAAUGGCUUUCCUUUAGUGGUCCGGAAUGUUGCUUUAGAACUAAUUUACGUCAGUAACUAAACUUACGUGAUUUAAACUAUCCGGACACUUUAUUUCAACUCUCGUCAGCCCUGGUUGUUUGUUUUUAAUAUGGAUCUUUCCCCAUGGAUUCGAAAGAUACCUUGAUAUUAAUCAACUUUUAUCACGUUGGGCAUAGAAUUGUUUGUUUGUCGACAUAUAGGGGAGGAUGAGACUCAACAGUCUUCUCUGUAUUACUCUGGCUGUAGAAUCUCCAUGCGUAAUUCGAUGUACAAUGCUGAUAGGAACAAGUUUCAUAAAUGUUGGGGAUCGCUGGGUUAAAAUUGUGUUGUACUGAACCAUGUUGGCUGGUAAACGCAGACCACUUUGUUGUCAUAAACUUAUUGAUGACCAGUCAGUGGUCAGAUAUAUUGAGUGAUAUGUCUCAAUCAGCCGAAGGGGUGUUAAUGAGUUCUUCUAGAUGCUAAGUUCCAGCUUCUCUACCCAUAUACUGUUGUGUCUUUAAGUCCGGUUAGUUAUCACGUGAUUUAUUCGCCAAUCGAAAUACGACUUAAUCACUCUUGUACUGUGCUAAGUCAAUGACGUUCGACUGGUCUUAUCAACCUAUCGUCCUCAUUGGUUAUUUGCCCGCCUAAUCCGUCCAUCUGAGCCCAGAAUAUCAAUAACAGCUUCCGCUAUGCUAAUCAUUUCUCCAGACAUACUUGGUUUAUAUACCAACCAAUAAAUAGGAAAUAACAUUUAUACACAAUAAAGCCAAAAAGUGGAUGUGAACAUGGAAGACAGUAAUUAAUAAACUGAGUAUAAGUUAAGAACAGUAAGUUUUAUAAUAAAUUUUAGGUCAAAAUGAAGUUUAUAAGAUGAAUAUAGAUAUACACAGUCAAGUUACUGAAUAGUUAUACAAUAAGAAUAUAUGUAGAAUAUUGGUCCAUUAAUAUAUCUCUGAAGUUACUCGUAGUUUAAUCUUCACUAUAUAUAUUAGUUUUCUUUCUGACCAUCAUUCGGAUGUUCAGUCCUUCUCACUAUCAUUCAUUCGAUUAUCAUUUUGAUUAGUGGUUUAAAUGGUUGUGGACGGAAUAGAAGAAGCUUUCGCUUAACAGGCUUCCGUGUCUAGUAGCAAGGGAUCACCAAAUCCUCCAGGCAGGAACCUAGGUAUGUUAACAAUAAAAGAGGAAAAGAAAUUGGUGAAUCAUAGUGUGAUACUGUCCUUGGUCCUUAAGAAUAGGUCAAGUUGCCUCUUGAAGGACUCCUGAGAAGUCGCUUGGACUAGCUCGGCUGGUAGCGAAUUACAGUUUUUGACAACUCUUAAGGAGUAGAAGUUAUGUCUAUAUUCCGUUUUGCUAUGUUGUGUUUCCAGUUUCUGGGUGUUACCCCUUAGGUGAUUAUUCGAACUAAGCUUAUGUAGGUGUUUAAGAGGAUGUCCAGAAGUGUUAAGAAUACUAUAAGCCAUUAAUAAAUCACCUCUAAGACGCAUAUACUCUAAUGGGUAAAGGUCUAGUGAAUGGAGGCGUUCUUCGUAAGGUUUAGAUUUGAGUCCUCGAACUGAUUUCGUGGCUCGCCGUUGGAUACGCUCCAAAGUGACCUUGUCCUUUUGGAAUGAGGGGGGGAGUACUAUGUUUCCGUACUCUAAAUGGGGAUGGAUGAAACUGUUGAAGAUUAUGUGGAAGGUUCGUCCGUCAAACUGUCCGAAAAUGCGCUUUAAUUUUUCCAGUGCAAGGUUUGCUCGGAAGGCAUUUUUGUCACAGUUAGCGUAAGACUUCAAAUCAUGGGGCAUCAGGACUCCUAAAUCUUUUUCGACUUGGGAUACUACUAGAGAGGAGUUUCCUAAGUUGUAACUGUAGUUUGCGACAUGUCGCAGAUGGACUACUUUACACUUUGAAGUGUUAAAGGUAAGUCCGUUAUCGUCUGCCCAACUUUGAAGUCGAGUCAGAUCCUCCUGAAGUGCC